UUCGGAAGGACCUGAGUUCAAAUUCGGCCUCAGUCACUUGACACUUACUAGCUGUGUGACUCUGGACAAGUCACUUAACCCUCAUUGCCCUGUUAAAAAAAAAAAAGGGGGGGAAAGGAAACGUUCCCCUGCCCGUGUGAAUACAAUGAUGGUGGAUGAAUUUACCUUUCUAAGGUCUAGAAGCCCAGCUUCAGAGGCAGUAUCCAACCCUGGUCCUAACAUGCAGCGAUUGAUACCAUUAAUAUUUGGUAAGAAAAUCUUGGAGUUUGCCCUAGGGCUGAAACUAAAACUCAAAGACCCCCUCGAGGCAAAUGGAGGGGGAACCGAACUACAUAUCCCACUGUCCUCUGCUGCUCAGCCGGCCAGCACCUGCGCGGUCAGAGAACAGAGCCCCAGGCUAGGGGUCCGGUCCCAGCUUUUCAGCUUGAAGAUGCAGCGCUUUAGGAUCUCGGCUUGGCGGCUCUGGGACCCUUUUUGCGCCGGUGCGGCGGGGAUGCGAAGUGGCUGCCCCGCAGCAGCCCGACGGCCUCUUAGUUCGGGGCAGGAGCCCUUGAAGAAAACACCCCUGUUUGAUUUCCACCAGAGCCACGGUGGGAAGAUGGUGUCCUUUGCUGGCUGGAGCCUCCCUGUGCAGUACCGGGACAGCCACUUAGAGUCCCACUUGCAUACCCGAAGACAUUGCUCCCUAUUUGAUGUAUCCCACAUGCUGCAGACCAAGAUAUUUGGUCAGGAUCGAGUGAAGUUGAUGGAGAGCUUGGUGGUUGGUGACAUUGCUGAACUAAAGCCAAAUCAGGGGACGCUGACUCUUUUCACCAAUGAAAAAGGUGGUAUCAUAGAUGAUCUGAUUGUGACAAACACAUCUGACGAGUAUCUGUACGUGGUGUCCAAUGCUGGGUGCCGAGAGAAGGACAUGGCCCUCAUGCAGAACAAGGUAUCAGAACUGAGAAGUGCGGGCUGUGAUGUGAACCUAGAGGUGAUUGAUAAUGCCUUGAUAGCCCUGCAAGGUCCCUCAGCAGCCCAUGUGCUCCAGGCUGGCGUGUCGCAUGACCUUCAGAAGCUGACCUUCAUGACCAGUGCGGUGAUGGAUGUCUUUGGAAUACCUGGCUGCCGUGUGACGCGCUGUGGUUAUACCGGGGAGGAUGGUGUGGAGAUCUCAGUGCCAGCAGAAAGGGCCGUCCACCUGGCAGAGGCGCUGCUAGACAACAAGGAGGUCAAGCUGGCAGGGCUGGCAGCCAGGGACAGCUUGCGGCUGGAGGCAGGUCUGUGCCUGUAUGGGAAUGACAUUGAUGAGCGCACCACCCCCGUGGAGGGGAGCCUGGGCUGGACCCUGGGAAAACGACGCAGGGCUGCCAUGGACUUCCCUGGUGCUGCCAUUGUUGUCCCCCAGAUGAAAGGGAAGCUGACCCGUAAGCGUGUGGGGCUGACAUCUACAGGAGCACCUAUUCGCCAGCACAGCCUCAUCAUGAACACAGAGGGAGCUGUCAUUGGGGAAAUCACCAGCGGCUGCCCCUCCCCCUGCCUGAAGAAGAAUGUGGCCAUGGGUUAUGUGGAUGGAGACUACAGUAAAAUUGGGACCCAACUGUUGGUGGAGGUGGAUACCACCAGACCUAGGGGGUGCUUCCACACCCCUUCCCUGCCUGAAUUUGAGCUGACUGGGAACAGUUAAAGUGACAGCUUGGCUUGAAGAGGAGCUCCUAUUUCAGAACCAAUCCUGGAUAGGUUCCCUUAGAAAAGCCCAGAGCUGCACUGGCUGGCUUAUUCACUUAGUAACUAGAAGGGGCACACAUUCAGGCAUUGUACUGGGAAAUGAAGAGGGUCUGCAGUCCCAGGCUGCCUCACACAUUUGCUAGUUGUAUGACUCUGGACAAAUGACUUCCCUUCACUCAGCCCGAGUUUCUUCCUCAGCAAAAUAGGGAAGAUUUUCGUCCUUACCUCAUGCCUCACAAGGAAUGUUGUGGAGAUCACAUGAAAAACACUUUGCAAACCUUUGAAGUGGUGUUUCAUUGCUAUUUGGGGGGAGUAUUCUUUGAGUGGAAGGGUCUUUGCAUCAGUCAUUGUUACCUAUGGCUUUGUCCACAAACGAGAUGUGACUCCCACACUUAUAGAAAGUUCACUCUUGGGGCCAGUUUUUCCUCUGAAAAUGGGGAUGAUAAUGUAAAAUUGUCAGCAAAGUACACUGAACCACAAACAGGAGUUCGUCUUACCCUUGGAGGGUGUAGUACCUGAAGUGGACACAAGGCGGAUAUGCUAGUAGGGGACAGACAUCAGGAAUUUGUCCACUUUCACUUUCCAAGUUGGAGUCUAUGCAUUCCCAAAUAAGCCUUCAUCUUCUUCCAGUCCACUUAAUCCACUUCUGUCCAGACCAAAAGUCUGUAAAAUAUUCCUUAUAGCCAGCAAGGUAGGAGGCAGGAUAGGUCAU